UGGCGCCCCGGUCGGUCGGUCGGUCAGUCAGUCAGGCAGCUGCUGGUCUUCAUACACAUACACACAGAGAGACACACAGGUCUGAAUGGUGAAAGGAAGGUAAAACCGGCCACAAAAUCGCCUUUUACAGCGGAAUGUUCACUCGAAGGGGUUAUGGAGACGUCAAGAAAUCUUCACAGAAAGUUCUGGACCCAAAGAAGGAUGUUUUCACGCGCCUGAAGCAUCUGCGCGCGCUGUUAGAUAUUACUGAGCGGAAUGAACUGAAGGCAUUUUUUGAAACCAACUGCUCACAAAUUUAUUUUAUCUUCUAUGAGAAUUUCAUUACACUGGAAAGUAACCUAAAGCAAAAAGGGAACAAAUCUCAACGGGAGGAGCUGGACUCCAUCAUCUUUAUUUUUGAAAAAAUUCUGCAACUACUACCUGAGAAAAUCAACAGUCGCUGGCAGUUUCACAGUAUAGGUUCAAUUCUCAAAAAACUUUUGCACACUGGAAACUCAUUCAAGAUUCGCUGUGAGGGUAUGCGCUUGUUCCUUCUCUGGCUUCAGGCCCUGCAGAGUAACUGUGCCGAAGAGCAGCUCCUCAUCUUCGCCUGUCUGAUCCCAGGAUUCCCUGCUGUACCCUCAUCCAGAGGACCAUGCACACUGGACACCAUCAUCUAUAACCCCUUCUCAAACCCACCUGAUGCUAAGAUCGUGGCAGAGGAGAUCACCCCACUGGUGCCUGCAGUUCCUGGAGAAAAGGUGACGGAUGAUCACAUCUGCUCCAUCCUCCAGAUUGUGCUAAAGGUCAUGGUUGUUCAGGCCUCCAGCUUGGACUGGAAAAACAAAGAGAACCAGGACACAGGCUUUAGGUUUCUGUUUUCUCUCUUCAAGAAGUACUACAUGCCUCACCUAUUCUCCACCUUUACAAAACACACCAACCUCUACAAACCACAGUUAGAUCUUCCCAUUCACAGACCAAAGCCCUUGUAUGUCCCCGUGACACGAAACAACGAGAGCACGUACUGCACCAGGGACCAGUACCUGGCUCCCCGCGUGGCCUUCAUCACAUGGCUCGUAAACUUCUUCCUGGAGAAGAAGUAUGUGAACUCCACGAGCAGCUCAAAGAAUGGAGGAGAGGUGCUUCCCAAAAUCAUCCAGACUGUGACUGCAGGCGGUAUCAGUCAGGAGAAGAGCUCAGACUCUGAACCCAAUGGUCCUGUGGAGCAGGAUAAGAGUCACUCAAACAGCAGCACGCUGUCCGAUCGCAGGGGCAGUAACUCCAGUCUCUGUAGCAUUGAGGAGGAACAUCGAGGCGUCUACGACUUAGUGCAGUCCAUCUUGCUAUCCACUCGCGACAACGUCAAUUUCGUCAAUGAGAUCUUCCAUCAGGCCUUCCUUCUGCCGUCAUGUGAAGCUUCAGCCACCCGUAAGGUGAUCAAAGUCUAUAGGAAGUGGUUUCUGCAGGACAAGCCCAGUUUCAUGAAUGAGCCCGAGAUCACCAACCAGGGUGAAGAUGGUGAGGAAGAGCACCACGUCUCCGAGACGGACAGUGUACACAUUCAGAUGCAGGCCAUCGAGACUCCCGGACAUAAGAGAUCGUCCAGUUGGGGGCGCACUUACUCAUUCAGCAGUGCCAUCAGCAGAGGCUGUCUGACUGAAGAACAGAACCACAAUGUGAAGGCCGGCAUCCAGCCCGCCCUACAGGUGUUCCUGACAAACUCCGCUAACGUGUUUCUGUUGGAGCCGUGUCAGGAUGUGCCGAAGCUGUUGGAGAACCAGCUGGAUGUGUGCCGAGGAGUUUUGAGCGUCUAUCGCCACAUUAUCAUGGAGCAAAACAUGAACCGCCAGACCUGGGAGCAGUUACUGCAGGUGUUGCUGAGGAUCACAGAAGCAGUGAUGAAGAGACCACAGGACAACCAAAGAAAAGAUGUGUUCGCCCACAGUCUGGCCAGCAUCCUCUUUAAAACGAUCUUUGUGGCGUGGGUGCGGGCAAACCUUACGGUGUUCAUAUCCCGUGAGCUGUGGGAUGAUUUGCUGGCUGUGCUGUCGUCUCUCAGCCACUGGGAGGAGCUGGUGUUCGAGUGGGCCAGCAUCAUGGACUCACUUACUGCGGUGCUGGCACGAUACGUCUACGGUCUGGACCUGCACAACCUGCCGCUGGACAAACUCUCGGAGCAGAAGGAAAAGAAGCAACGAGGCCGAGGAGUAAUGCAGGACUCUCAGAAAUCCUCUGAUGGUGCUCGAUCGUUCUCCUUGAGCUGGAGGAACUCAGGAGAUCAGAUGGGAGCUCAGGAACCCAUGAGAAUCCGCAGUGCCACCACCACCGGGGCUCCCGCCGUGGAGAAAGCCCGCAAUAUCGUCCGACAGAAAGCCUCAGCUAAGAGAAGUCAAUCUAUCAGCAACUGUGUGCAUCUUUGUGAGGCUUUACCGGCCACUAAGAGUGUGCCAAUGCUGCUCCACACUGUCAGCUCUUUCUUACCUGGCAUCUCUCACACUUCUCACUGCUCUCACAGACUGUCAGACGUGGAGGAGUGUCAGCUGUCUGAAUGUGAGACAGGUGAUGGAGACAGUCCACUUCCCCGCUCCAGCAGUGCAUCUGACAUCACACAGCAGAUCAACGACACCUUCCCAGGACAGAAGAGAGAUGAGUCUCCACAUGCAGGCAGAGCAUCAGAAAACAGCUCUACAGGGAAAAGAGAAAUUGACGCUCCCAUGAUUCUGAUCCGGAGGAGCAGCAGUCCAGCCGAUCUGGAUUAUCCACCAGAGGGCGCUCCAACAUCCAAAACUAGACUGCGGCAGAAAAGUGAGAGCAUAAGCAGUGAGACGUCUAACGGCUAUCUGAACGACGCUGAGGCGGGUCUGCUGUCGUGGAAUGCGGUGGACGAGGAGCCGGACUCCUCCUCUCAUGAGAUGAGUGUUACCGUGGAAACAGGGAGCCAGAGGAGCCUCUUACUGAGCCACACUGAAGCUCUGGCAGGGUCUGAAUGUGCGGCCCCUUCUCAAUGUCCCCCAGUGUCUCCUGCUCUUCUCCUGCCACAAGGAUGCUGUGAGGGCCCUCAGCUCCUGGAAGAGGCCAUGAACAUGUCUCACCAUCUGGAUAGCAGCGAGUUUUUGGCUGAUGACGUCAGCAUCAUCGCCGGUGGCAGUUUGACUGGAUGGCACGCCGACUCUGCCUUCGUCCUUUGGAGGCGGAUCCUGGGGAUUCUGGGAGAUGUUAACAGCAUCCGCUCCGCCCGUAUCCACGCCAAGGUCCUCAGUUACCUCUAUGAGCUCUGGCACAAACUAGCCAAGAUCAGAGAUAACCUUGGGAUCAGGGCGGACACAGAGCCAGACGUGCCCAAACCAUUGUUCAUCCCUCCUCUACGCAUGCUUGCCUCCUGGCUCUUUAAGGCUACAAUGCUGCCGUCAGAGUUCAAGGCUGGGAAGCUACAUGCAUAUAAACUCAUCUGUGAGAUGAUGACCAAACAUCAGGACGUCCUGCCCAAUAGUGACUUCCUGGUGCAUCUCUACCACGUCAUGCACAAGGGCUUCACCAGUGAAGAUCAGGACGUGUUGAACACGAUGAUCAGGUGGUGUUCGCCUCGCUUUUUCUUCCUGGGCCUGCCGGGCUUCACCAUGCUCGUGGGCGACUUCAUCACCGCGGCUGCCCGCAUCCUCAACACAGACUCUUUUGAGGCUCCUCGGAUCGAGGCUCAGACGAUUCUCGGAUCCCUCGUGUGUUUUCCUAACCUGUAUAAGCAGAUCCCCUCUUUGCAGUCUCCGUCAUCUGAGGACAUCGUAGUGGGCCAAGAAGACAUGAAGGACUAUCUUGUCAACAUCCUGUUAAAGACUGCUCGUAAUGAGACGUGUGAAGGAGCCAGAUGUGUAGCUAUUUGCAGUCUGGGACUGUGGGUGUGUGAGGAGCUGGGACAGGCCGAAACACAUCAUCAAGUUAAAGACGCCAUCAAUGUCCUGGGUGUCACAUUGAAGUUUGGAAAUAAGGUGGUGGCCAGUGUGGCCUGUGACAUCUUUCAACUGCUGAUCUCUCAUUGGCAGCAUUUACAGAGACUUGAAUCGUCUCUUCCCAAGAGAAUUAUAGAGAUAUUUGUAGCAACCAUCGCAUUUCUUCUGCCCAGUGCUGAGCACUCAACAGUUGAGGCAGAUAAGAAGUUAAUGGUGUCUCUACUGCUGUGCCUGCUGGACUGGUGCAUGGCCGUGCCUCUCUCCAUCUUACUGGAGCCCAUCACUAUGCCCGUCCUAGACGACCCUGCUUCGCAGAAGGCUCCUCUGCUUGACUACAUUUACAGGGUGCUGCACACUUGUGUAUCAGGGUCUAACCUGCACACUCAACAGAGUCACUACCUCCUGAGCCUCGCCGAUCUGUCGACAGAUUACGAGCCCUUCCUUGCACUAGGCAAUGUCAAGAGCUUUGAGCCAACACCUGUACACAAUGCCAUGGGAGACUUUGGAAAUCUCCUUACAGUGGCUGAAGAAAAGAAAAGAAGAAGUUUGGAGCUAAUUCCUCUAACUGCAAGGAUGGUAAUGACACACCUGGUCAAUCAUUUAGGACAUCAUCCUCUGAACUGCGGCCCAGCCCUCAUAAACAGCCUGGUGAAUGAGAACCACGACAACCCUUACGUAGAGUCUUCCGAGCUGUCCUCUGAAGUCUUCAAGAGCCCCAAUCUGCAGCUCUUCGUCUUCAACGACAGCACAUUAGUUUCGUACCUGCAGAUACCCUCGGACAAUUCCAGCACCAAUCUGGAUAGAGAUCAUUCCUCAGAGGUCCGUGUCAUUGUCCGAGACAUCUCUGGGAAGUACUCGUGGGAUGGUGGCAUUCUUUACCAGACGUUGGAUGGAUCUGCUCUGAAUUCUAGCGCCAGCAGAGACAAGUCAUGUCCUGAUUCCACCCGGCCCGUCGCCACCUCCAGGCAGAACUCGGUCCGCUCCAGUAAUUGCUCCUCUGAGGUAGAAGUUGAAGCUGGCGUGGAUGUGCUGGACCAGCUUCUGGAAGGCCUGGGCCACAGCAGUCCAGAGUGCCUGCCACAGCCCCAUCUGAGGCUCACCCAGCCUCCGUCUCCACCCGUGGGCAUGAGUCCUGAGAUCGAAGGAUUCAUCAUGGAGGCCAUCCACAGGCAGGCACAGCAGGAGGAUGAGGAUCUGGCCAAGAAAGAAAGUGAGGACUCCAGCAUCAGAGCGGCCUGCCAAAGAGAGCCCACACAUCAGGAACCCAAAUCACCCUUUUACCUCUGCAGACUUCUCCUCAAUGACCUCGGCAUGAACUCAUGGGAUCGCAGAAAGAGCUUUCAUCUUCUAAAGAAGAACUCCAAGCUCUUGAGAGAGCUCAAGAAUUUGGACUCAAGGCAAUGUCGGGAGACCCACAAGAUUGCCGUUUUCUACAUUGGAGAAGGCCAAGAGGACAAAUUCUCCAUUCUGUCUAACACUGAAGGCACUCAAGCCUAUGAAGACUUCGUUUCUGGGCUUGGAUGGGAGGUGGAUCUGGCCACUCACUGUGGGUUUAUGGGUGGUUUACAGAGGAACGGCAGCACAGGAAACACAGCGCCGUAUUACGCUACCUCCAACGUGGAGGUCAUCUUCCACGUGUCAACUCGCAUGCCUUCUGACUCGGAUGAUUCUAUCACUAAAAAGCUCCGUCACUUGGGAAACGAUGAAGUGCACAUAGUGUGGUCGGAGCACACGCGGGACUACAGGCGAGGAAUCAUCCCCACCGACUUCGGUGAUGUCCUCAUCAUCAUCUACCCGAUGAAAAACCACAUGUUCUUCAUUCAGAUCAUGAAGAAACCGCAGGUUCCUUUCUUUGGGCCUCUGUUUGAUGGGGCGAUAGUGACGGGAACCUUGCUGCCAAGUCUGGUACGGGCCACGUGCAUCAACGCCAGCAGGGCCAUAAAGUCUCGAUUGCCGCUCUACCAGAGUUUUUAUGAGGAGAGGGCUCUCUACCUGGAAGCCAUUAUUCAAAAUCAUAAGGAGAACAUGACUUUUGAGGACUUCGCCGCCCAGGUCUUCUCACCUUCCCCCAGUUACUGGCCAACAACAGGUGCAGCAGGCAGGCGUUGGCCAGGGAUGGUUUGGGACGUGGAGUACCACUGGGCCAAGCUGGACUGUUCCCUCAGUUACAGCACAAGCGCUGACCUCAGUGUUACUGUGACAACCAACGACUCCAGCGACCAGGUCUCGCCCACCAUGCCGCGCGCCUCGAAAAACCGGGUGUCAGGAAAGAUCCGCCGUUCAGCCAGCGCCAUCAGCAAGUCCUCCAACUGAACGCUUCCGUCAGACUGCAAUUUCUUUAGACAACAUGUGUGGAUGAAUGUAUUUAUUAACUGUAGUUUGUUUUGCUUUUUUGCAUUAGUUUAAGUAGCAAUGAAAGAUGCAACUGUUGCUCGCAAUAAUGCAUUACUUCACCGGUCACGUCGAAAGACCUAAUUCACCAAAUAUGAAAAAUCGCUGUAUUUGCUUAAUACUAUAAAUAUAUAAAAAUAAUGACUGUUGAAAGUCAUCAUGACACAUAAAUUAAUCUUUUUAUGAAACUCAAGGCUAGUUUUCCUUUAGCCUUUUAAAUCGUGACAAACUUUUUUAAACAUUUCUUGGUUUGGUGUACUGCGUAGAAUCAACUAAAUGUCUUAAUGUGAAACACUGAAAACUGGACCAAUGAUACAGAGUGCACUGAAUAUCCAUACCAGCACUGAGAUGUUUCUUCAUACUGACCGUCAGUCAUCACCGCCUCUGUUUUCAUACGCUCAGUAGUCUUACACAUUUGACCAUGAGAGAAAGAUAUUAAUGUGUAAAACUGAGCGGACAAUUAGUGACAUCUUUCAAAGUAGGAUGCAAUGGAUUGUUUAUUAUUAUUAUUAUUAUUAUUUACUGAUUGUUUUCUGGGCUUGACUUAUGCAACAUGCUGAAUUGGACAUUUCAUGUCUGUGAAUCUGGAAAUUGAAUGCUCGUCACGUAAAUCUACUCUGACAUUCCGAUGUUUUUCUACGACGUGUUUUUGCACUCGGUCAGUGGCGUAGAUGGACGUUUGUGCUCUUCUUUCUUCUGUGUUUGAAUGUACAUUGCUUUAAUUUCAAUGAAUAAUAUAUUUGUCUCAUGUACAUACAGGAAAAAUGUUUUCCGUGAUAAUAUACCUGACUAAAUUGAAAAGCCUCAGGUGAGCCUGAACGCAAUGCACUGGGUGUGAAUGUGUGUGUGUGUGUGUGUGUUUAUGAAAGGAGCGUUUAACAGUGCCUGUGUAAUACCUGUCCAUAUGGAAGGAGUUUGCUUUGUUUUUUCUUUGUCUUUUCCACAACUUUAAUUGAUCCCACACUUGCCGGAUGAAGAGCGGCAUCUUCUCCCUACAAGAGAAAGAGUUGUGUUGUUUAUUGUGAAGUAAAUUGAAUGAGAUUGUGGGUGUUUGGUGAGAGGCGCUUCUGUUGAUGAGAUGCUGGAUGGGGUGCUUUUCCACCUGCCUCUCCGAGUGCCCUUUACCGUACCAGCAGCAUGCCAGCGCUUCUUUCUCCGGCUCCCCCCGCGGCAGCCUGGCGCUUGCCAACGCCCUGCCGCCCAUCUCUCUGUUACCGUAGAGACCCAGCCUGGUUGCCAUGGAUGCCAGGUGUUACACACGCUUCAAGCUCCUCCCGAGCUGAACUUCUUUGCCUUACCUGUACACAUUUCUCUCUGUUGUUCUGGUUUGGUCUUGCUUUGUCAUGCUUGUUUGUUUGUUGUCUCACAAAAGCUAAGGAACAUAUGAUCUCUGAUUGAAAAAUGUUGGCGAAUGUAUGCAAAUCGGCAGCCGAAUCCGAGUCACAACUCACUUUGUCUCGGCCGGGAAGAUGGCUGCCGUCUGCUGUGGUUUCAGCAUUUUGACGUAGCGCUCGCCAGCGACCUAGUUUGAUUUUAAUGACAUGUUCUUAGUAGACUUUGUCUCUGUAUAUCGUGUUGGUUUUUUUUCUGUAUGCUCUAAAUUCUGAAGGAUUUAAAUAUAUUAAUGCCUGUAAUAUAAUCUUUGUAAAAGACCUCGAGGAAGCUUGAAGAUUUCAUUCUGACUUGUUAACAUAUCAGACUGUUUUUAAUAGAAAACGUAAUCACUUUAUCUUUACUAGAAAUGUGAAGAAAUUGAAACAUUUCAUUAAAUUGAUUUGAAAUUCAUGUUUA